AUGGCAGAAGAAUCUUCUGAAAAUGGUAGGCAGUCUCAUGUUGAUCAACCUGAAGGUUUCUUGUCUAGUGUGGGUGACUCUGGCGAAAUUUACGACGAAGGAGAGGACUCAUCAGAGGGUAGCGUCUUCGAAGUAGAAAUUUAUGAAGGACAUGAGAGCAUUGUUGCAGAUCAAGGGGUAAAAUAUAUGGUAAUAACUGGCGAUGAGGCUAAUCUUGCAGAAGAAGGGGUGAAAUACCUGGAACUGGAAAUAUCUGAUAGAAAGGAACCUGUGAUCAUCAAUCCAAUUUGGGGUAGUCUUAUCCAGCGUUUCAUCUAUCACAAUGCUAGCCAAUUGACAACUCAUGGCCAGUCCUGCUUACGAGAGCGAUUGAAAGAGCGCGAGUUGUGUGUUUUUUUCCGGGAAAAUUCAUUUCAACACCAUGUUCAAGUUUGA